AUGAGCACUCGUAUCACACGUGUCGUACCGCCUACGCCCUACGCAGUUGCCGAAAACCAUUUGCCCAUGGAUGAAGAGCAUCGCGACCAGGAGAUAGGCUUGUUCGACGACCCGCUCCCAAUCGCGCCGACGACGGAAUUCGGCUCGUCGAACCAAAAUUGGCAUCCAGCCCAGCCCGGCUUCCAGAUGGCGCGAGAAUUCCACAAAAGGAAUUUGUAUGCUGCUCCUCAUCAAAGACUGGCCUCACACCUGUCAAACCAACAUACCGACAGCUCCGAUUUCGUGAAAAGAGAAUCGCCAAGCGUGUCGUCAGUCGCAAGUGAAGAUUCGUCGCACCACUUACCUUCUUCCACUCAAAAUGUUAUUCCUCAACGACGUUCUGAAACAGUCGUCGAGAAGUUUGGAAUGAUCACCCCUCCAGACGGUUGCCAAGACGAUAGUCCAAUGUGUGACUCCGUAGAUCAAAAGGGCAAGAAAUUUGCUAAGUCCCAUGAUAAGUCGGAGAAUGCUCGGAAGGCAGCCAACAAGAGACACGCCAAGGAGAAGUCCAGGAAGUUGUCCCUUGCCGCAACUCAAGGUGCUGAGAGUGUUGCAGAGGAGCUCGAGAGUGAAGAACGGAAAGAGCAGUAUCGUGAGAAGAACAAGAUCGCGGCAGCCAAAUGUCGCAACAAGAAGCGCAAAUACAACGACAAAAUCGAUUUGCAAGCUUCGGAGUUGGAGAGUCGAAACAAGGCGCUUAAGACUGAACUGAUGGACCUUCGCAAUGUCGUGUUGAUGCUGAAGGAUCAGAUCCUGAAGCAUAGUCCUCAAGAUUGCAAUUGCACGCGGCUGCAUGAGUAUAGUAUGGCACAAGCGGCGCGAAUGUUGCAAAACUCGCAUUCGUAUCGCGUAUCGAGUAUGCCAAUGGGCCAACAGUCUUCUGUGAUGCAGCGAUCUGGUUCGCGGACAAUCUCAACGAUGAGUGGUGUCAGCCAGUCAACAAUGCAAACGCCGAUCGAUGAUCGACGCAUGUAUGGAUCGCUGUCUGACGAGAUGGCCGCGAUAAAUGUGGCAGGUGACAUGGCAAUGGCCGUUUCCAGCAGUGACUUGGCACGCAAGCCAAGUUAUGUGCAACCUUUCCACAGCUUUCAGCCGCAAUAUGCUACCAACGACGACAUGCAUUCGGCGAACGGCUCCACGAUGAGUCCCAUGGAUUGGUCCGAGUUCGACGGCGCGAACGAGUUCGCGAUGACUGGACCGACCGGAGAGAUGUACACCAACAACAACAUGCAGUUUGGCGAGCAGUGGGAAUAUUUUCAGUGA